AGUGGAGGCUGAAUUAUAUUUUUAAUGUUACAAAACUAGUGUCAUGGUUAAACACUUGAAUUGUUUUUGGUUGUUGGCCAUACAUUUCUUUUGCGUAAAUUGUAUGCUAUGGCCGAAUAUUGACCAAAGGUAUCACGCCAACCAAAGGCCUCAAUGUGACGUGCGAGCUCAGCUAGACUCUGGAUGGGUGUGCGGCAGCAUCAGGUCGGCGGAGGAGGGUGUGCAGUAUGCCAGCUUCAGAGGUAUUCCCUAUGCGCAGCAGCCACUCGGACAGCUGCGGUUCAAGGAACUUCAGCCACUAAAACCUUGGAACGGAGUUUUAGAGACUAUAGAAGAGGGUCCUAUUUGCCCACAGUAUGACGAGAUAUACGGCCGCAUGGCCAGGCCGACGGCCAUGAGUGAGGCAUGCAUUUAUGCCAAUGUCCAUGUUCCGUUCAACGAAUAUACGUCCUAUAAUCAGACCGCGAACUAUCUUCCCAUACUUGUUUUCAUCCACGGCGGUGGAUUUCAAAUCGGUUCAAGCGGAUCAGACAUCCAUGGGCCCGAAUAUUUAAUGAGCAAAGGCGUUAUAGUCAUCACCUUUAAUCACAGGCUUAACGUGUUUGGAUAUCUAUCUCUAAAUUCAACGAAGAUCCCUGGUAAUAAUGGUCUCCGUGAUGCAAUCACACUACUCAAGUGGGUACAGAGGAACGCUCGAGUGUUCGGAGGAGACCCCGAUAACGUCACACUGGGAGGGCAGAGCUGUGGCGCAGUCGCCGCACAUCUCCUCUCACUUUCUAAGGCUUCUGAGGGUCUGUUCAAGAGGUUAAUUCUAAUGAGUGGCGUGGCCACAGCAGGAUUCUACACAACUUCACCUUCAUACGCUCAAAUGGUAGCUCAAAUGUUUUUGGGAAACGUAGGCAUUAACUCUACAGAUGCUGAUGAAAUCCACGACCAACUUGUACAGAUGCCUCUCGAGAAGAUCAUGGAAGCUAAUAGGAUUGUUCAAUUUAAGACAGGAGUGAUCUCUUUUGCACCUGUUGAGGAGAGGGAACUUACUGGAGUAUCUCGGAUUUUGGAUGACGAUCCAGCAAAUCUUAUUAAACAAGGACGGGGAAAAGACCUCCCAAUGAUAAUAGGUUCUACGACGAAAGAAUGCGAGUUUUUUAAAAAUAGAAUUAUAUAUUUAGACCUAAUAGGGCUUAUUAAAGAAAACCCUUCCGUAGCUUUACCAGUCAAUAUGUCAUACUCUGUAUCAGCUAAUAAAUCGUUCGACCUGUACCAAAUGAUCUCGGAUAGAUAUUUUCAAGGCAAUUUGACAGUAGAAAAGUAUUUGCCAUAUUGCGCAGAUUCAUUUUUUAUUUAUCCUGCAAUCAAAGUAGCAGAGUGGAGGGCGUCCCUGGGAGGUGCACCAGUUUACAGAUACGAGUUCAAUUUUGACAGCACUUUUAAUGUUGUCAAGUUUACUCUAAUGCUGCAUUACUCAGAAGGAAGCGCCCACGUUGAGGAUAUGACGUUCGUAUUUCGUACCAACUCUAUGAUGGGAGCAGACGAAAAAUCAUUUCCGCCACGCACAAGGGACGACCUCAUGAAGUCCUGGAUGACAUCGUUUGUAGUAAAUUUCAUGCGAUGCAGCCAGCCAGUCUGCGAUGGUGAAGUCAACUGGCCAUCUACUGACGCGCAGCAGUUGAACUACCAGCAGAUUAGCGAGCCGGUGUUCAUCAACAACAACGUGCCGCUGACCGCGGGACAGAGAGAUAUGUUCGACUUCUACAACCAGCUGUUCCAAAGCGCUGACAUGAUUUUUCAGUUUUUGAUUUAUAGGAAUGCGUAUCGAGACACAGCGUUCAUCAUGAGUUGGCAGAUAGUGCUAUGCUUGAGCGCGGCAUUAGUGGCUGCCACAAACCUGGCGCAGAACACUCUGGAAGACGACUUGCAGGCUUUGCCUGGAAACGAGCCUCUUAUACCUCCAGCCGAAAUUACAGGUAUUAUAAAUGAACAAAUGGGUGCCAUAAAUUUAAUCGGAAAUUCUGAAGAAAAUGAAAUCAUUGGCGAAACUACAACUGAAGAACCAGAAGACACUACUACUACCCAGGAGCCUACUACCACAAAACAAGGCACUACCGAAAAAACCAAGAGUAUAACUGAGGAUCCCUCUAAUGUAUCACAAAAGCUGACAAUAACAGAUAAUAAAGUUUCACCUGAAUCUGGACCAGAGGUUGGAUCCAACGGAGGCGAUGAAGGAAAUAUAGAAGGUGAUGGCGACGAGAAUAACGAAGUGGGUGGUGGUGGUGGGGACCAGGAAGAGGGCGGCAGUGGGGAUCACAAUGUGGGUGGUGGCGGGGAUCAAGAAGCGGGCGAUGGUGGAGAUCAAGAAGUAGGUGGAAGUGGCAAUCAAGAAGCAGGUGGAGGUGGGGAUCCAGAUGUAGGCGGAGGAGAGGGUGGCGGUAGUAAUCAGGAAGAGGACUGCGGCGGCGGGUGUACGGAAGAGAUUGGCGGUGCCCACCCCGAUGCGGUUGGCGAGGCUGGUGGCGGUGGUGGCGCAGGAGACAAUAAUGAUCCAGAAGCAAUUAGUGCUCAGAGUCAUCAAAAUAUAGAAGAUGAGGUAAUUUGCGAAGGCGUACAUGCAGAAGACGUAACUAUUGAGACAACGACUGGGCAAGUCCAGGGAAAUUGUUGGAAAGAUAAGCCCGAUAUAAUUAGCUACAUCGAUAUACCAUAUGGAAGCUUUAAUAUGUUUGAGGAUCCAGUUCCGCCUAAAAAACUCGACAGUAUUCAUGAACAGAAAGUCCAUGAAAAGCGAUGUCCGCAGAUGGAAGGCAAUACAUAUGUCGGACACAAGGAGUGUUUGACAGAAUUACUUGCUCUUGAAAAGCCUCAACAAGAGGCUAUAAAAGGGGCAAUUAAAAGGGACCUAGUCGGAUAUCUAUUUAUGAGCGAAGAUCAUGACGAAAGUAAUGUUCCAGCAAAAGAUCAGCGCAUGGUUGACCAACUAACUGAUUUGUGGAUUAGUUUUCUUAAACACGGACAACCAAGUGUCAACAUGAGAUCAUUCGUACAAACAACCGAAAAAAAUAUAAUGCAAUGGAACAAGUUUGAGAACACAACGGAUUCGAACGAGGAAUGGUUGUCGAUAGGUGAUCCGAUAGCCUUAAGGAAAGGCUUGCACGUGGAGCGGCUGCGGCUCUGGACCGAAGUAUACGAUAAGCACUUCAUCGAGCACAGCCUGGCCUCCGGGUUCACACCCACUAUGGGGUCCGCCGAGGCCGCGAUCACUACGGCUGGGGUGGUGUUCAUCGUGAGUGCGAUGUCGCUAUUAUGUAAAGUGGAGGGCCGCCUGACGCCGGCGCCCCGGGUGUACCGAGACGCGGCUACCUUGCAGGGCGCGGUGCGAGGAUAUCUCGCCCCAAACUCACCCCACUUCGAGUACUUCGGCGUCCCCUACGCACGCCCGCCCACACGACGCGACAGAUUUAAGGCUCCCAAACCUCCGCCUGAAUGGGACGGCAUCUUUGAAGCCACGCACAAGGUCAAGUGUCCGCAGGCGAUCGCGGACGGGGAGGAGAACUGCCUGGUCGUCAACGUGUUCGUCCCCGAGGAAGCCGAGUCUCGACCAGUUAUUGUAUUCGUGCACGGCGGGGAAUUCCAAAACGGGUGGGGAGCAUAUCAACCUCCAGCGAGGUUGCUUCGAGAGGAUUUCGUUAUAGUCACCUUCAAUUAUCGGCUGGGGGCGUUAGGGUUCCUAUCGCUCGGCACACCAGACGCUCCUGGAAACGCCGGCUUGAAGGACCAGAUUAGUGCCCUCUACUGGGUUCACAGGAACAUUGCCCAGUUCGGAGGUAACCCUCGUGAUGUCACAGUAUAUGGAACAGGGUCUGGUGCUGUUUCAGUGCAACUGGUGCUUUUAUCAGGAUUGGUGAAAGGAUUUUUUCACAAAGUUAUUUUAGAGUCUGGAUCAAUUUUAUCUCCAUCAUCAUUAACCUAUGACCCACUCGCUAUAGCGUAUAAUGGCGCGACUUCAAUAGAAUACGAAGGUUCUAAUGAUCCUGACGAACUUUACGAGUUUUAUAGACAUGUUUCUGUAAAGGAUUUAACUAAUAUACCUGAAUUGUUUCUCCCAAGUGUAGGAAAUGAGUUAGACUAUGAAUAUAGUCUCAUAGACAUGGAUCCCAUAAAAGAAUUAAAAAAGGGUAAUUUUCACAAAGUACCAAUGCUCAUCACUUACACAGAUUUGGAAAGUACUGGUAUAAUUGAAAAUGUCAUGGAAAAUAUUGGUAUACCACCAAAAAGAUUUGGCUAUUUAUUGCCAAAUAAUUUAGAAUUUGGUGAACCAAUUGUGAAAUAUAAAGUAGGCAGAAUUGUAAAGGAGUUUUACUUUAGUGAAGACAUGCCCAGAGACAAAGUAGCAAAGAGCUAUGCUUACUACAUGUAUGACAUAUUUACUGAAUACCCCAUGGUGAAGAUGGCAAUGCUGUUUGCUGCCAAGAACACCUAUUCUGUAUAUGUUAUGAAGUUUAAUUUAGCUAAGGAGAGUGAAACAGAAGAGGCGAAGGGUUUUAACAGUGUGCUGGACUACUUGUACCAAGAUGAUGAGCAAGUAGAUGAGAUCAUCAUAGAGAGACUGAUGAUGCUGUGGAAAAACUUUUUAAAGAUAAGUGAUCCCACACCAUUAAUAACGACACUAAUCCCUCUUGUUUGGCAACCACUGAGCUGUGAAAGUGAUGAGCAGACCAUAAUUGACGUGCCUGUGCUGCUGUUUUAUACAAAUGUCAAGAUGAGCACUCCGUCAGAGCAUCAGCGACUACUGUUCUGGGACAAUAUUUAUAACAAGUUCUAUAAGCCACAUGUAGUGGUUCAAGAGGUUCCUCAAGUAGAUGAUAAUGGCUAAGCACUAAAUACACAUUCAACAUAAUUUUAUAGAGUACAGUUAAGUAAUAAAGUCCGUGUAAAUAGAUAGUUGAUGAUUGUGUAAAUGACAUGUUAUAAAAUUAUGAUCAUAAAACUUGUACAACAAUUUUAUUAAUUUAGGAAUGCUUUAAAAUGAUACGUAAUUCAUAUUUAAGUUAAAACAUUGUAAAGAGUCUUUAAACUGUAACAGAGUAGAGCUCGCCGUGAUCUUGUCAUUCACUCUAGUUCCGCUUUGCGAAAUUCGUUCAGUGUCGCCCAAAUUACGAUACCACGCGAUCUCUACAUACACAAUCAUUAGUAUUUGCAACAACAGCUACUAAUUACCGAGUCAAAGGUCAAAUAAAGAGAUUACUUUAAAUAAAAACCAAACAAGUAUGCGCUUCCAAGAAAAUAUCGACGUUGUCAUAAAUAAAUACCGUUACCUGAACAAUCGGCGGCCGUGAAAGCGUUACGUCGAGUCGCCAACACUGUGUGCACUUAUAAAACUAUAACAUUUCUGUCCCCG